CAGCUCACGUUGGAUGGGCUGUGCAAGGAAUUAGCUGGAACAAAAAAAGCCACGAGCCAUGCCAUAGGAGGAGCUGCUGGAGUUAGGAGAAGCCAGCGGAGGCCGCCGCCGCCGCCGGCUCCGAACUGCGACCGCCGACCGGCCACACCUUGGUCUCAACGGCGCACUCGUCGCCGAGCAUCGCCCGGCUUUGUCGCUAGAAUCGGGGGAUUUCCGCCGAGUGUAGGCGGCGGUGGAUUGGGCGCGUCUCGGUCCAGAUACAUUGGCGGAGGGCAUUGUUUUCCUCGAUCUCUCGCGAGUCUCAUCAUCCGAGUUCCCGCCGUCUCCAGAUCCGUCCACUCGCCGCCGCCCCUAUACAUACGAAACCUGGCAGAUAAUUCCUCAGAUGUGCAGAUUCUAAAACUAUUUCAGAUUCAGUAUCCCUUGGCGGGACUAGGGAAAGAAGAGUGCACUAGAAGCAUAAUGCGUCUGAAAUUACAGUUUGUUCCUAGCUGAUGAUACCUACUUUCAAGGCAGAGCAGAGGCUAAGAUAGUUUUUUAAUGGCAAACAUAGAUAUUGGUUCAGAUGAAGAUCUGCAUCAGACCAUGAUGAUGAAACCAAAGAGAAAGGGGCUUCAACUCACCAACCUGCCAAAGCACAACAACUUAAUUUGCUUACCAAUGUACAACUAUCUGAAUGCCUUUGCUCUAGGACAUUCUCUGCAGCAUCCUGUCACGGUUGCCUAUAAAGGAAGCCGUGCGGACGAGCAUACUGUUGGAACACUGGAAACAUCUUUGGCGCUGCCACUCAAAUCUAGAAUUCAGUCUUAGAUCAAUGUUUCCAGGUCCUCGUACCAAUGGACCCAACGAUGUUAGGCCAUGGAAAGACGUGUUUAUUGAGAGAGUUGAUGCGGUCCUGCAGCAACACUCUGGUGCAGGGGUUGACAACAUUCAGUUCCAGGCUCCAUGUGACGAUGAGCAUGGGGAUCGGAUAGAGGGAUGGGUCAGAUUUGCUACUGCUUCCAAGACGAAGCAACUUAUUCUCGAUUUCUCAGCUACACACCAUAUAGAGCAACAUCCAUAUAAAAUCGAUUUGCGGCUUCUCGAUGACAGUAAAAGCUCACACCUGCAAUCCAUAAAACUCUGUUCCGUUUCUCUAAAGGUGCCUGCGGAUUUCAAGGGUUUUCGGAACCUUAAAUGGAUUUUCCUAGCGGACACGAAUAUUACCGACGGCGACCUUCACCAUUUGGUGUCCAACUGCAGUGGUAUUUUGGAGUUCCUUGGAAUCGCUGGUUGUGGGAUGCUCAGAAGGUUACAUAUAUCUCAUCUUUCAAACAAGCUUAAGCAUUUGCAAGUAUAUGACUGCCGCUUGCUUCAAGCGAUGGAGUUAAACUUUGGUCUGGUAAAGCUCGAGUACAGAGGCCCGUCUGUAUUGUUAUCGCCUCCUGGAAGUUUACUUCUAGCAGAUAUAUGCAUCAAGCUGGAGGGUAUCUGUACUAAUUCUCUAGAGUACAUGUUCACCAAACUUGGUCAUAAUGUGCCUCGUCUCGAGAUUCUGACUCUAAGAUGCCGUGAGGGGAAGAUGGCUACACUGCGAGGAAAACUGCAUGAGUUUGUUCAUUUGAAGCACCUGAGACUGGACUUGACUUUUGGGUGUGCGACAAGGACAACUGAUAUUCUUGAAUUUGCCUGCCUUCUGGUUGCUGCUCCUUUCUUGGAAAAGCUGGAAUUUCACAUGUGGCUGCGCUGCCAGCAUGAACGAUACAGUGUGGGUAAAGGGCAUCUCCGGAGCCUUCCCUCCCAACCACACUCCCAGCUCAGGUCGGUCGACAUCACGGGGUUCUACGGCGAGAAGGACCAACUGGAGCUGGCGCUCCACAUCCUCAGAGACUCCGUCGUGCUGGAAUCGAUGAAGAUAGACCCAGGACCCGCGGCCGCCCCCGCUGGUCUUACCCGACUGGCGCGCACGGAGGCUCCUCAUUUUGUGGACGGCUACGAAGUCGCCCGGGAGUUCCUCCUCAGCAGAGACCGCCGCGAUGUUGUCCAUGUCGCAGAGCCUCUGGCCUGUCGUCUGAGGCCGCUCAUGCUUGGCGCCCGGUGGCGUAUCGAUGCAGCCCAACGUGCGUCUUUCUUUGCAGCUCUGCGCAGAAGAAACGCGGAGAAUGCAGGGUAAUGGUCGCUGCCUUCCUCCGGCCGGGCUUUCUGAAGCUAUGCAUACACCGGUGACAUUUGGUAGCAUUCAUUCAGAGUUGGUCAAAACUCUGUCUGCUGAACUCCAUCCAUUUGGUAGCAUUCAUUCAUAGUGAAAACUGUUUUGUUGGAUCAUAAUGGAAAAGAAAGGACUUUUGUUCA